AUGGGCCUCGGCGUCGACACGAGUAACAGCGACAAUGUCACGAUGGCUAGCCUUACACGCGUCCGUUUCCGCCUUGUUGCCGACUUUGACAUAGGCCGCGGUGACGACCUCCCGACGAAUAGCAGCGCGGCCACGUCGCCCGACGCUACGUGGUCGCCGGCCGCCAUCUUUGACACGGACGACAACGGCGACGAAAUGACGGACAAGCGUGUCCCUUCAAGGUGA